GCGGGCGAAAGGUGUUUGGUCGCAGCAGCAAACCUAGGGGUCCCGGCCAGGCGAUCAACUCGCACGAGAAUCCACUUGAUUUCUGCUUUGACAGCUUAACCGUCGCCCGCCCAUCCCAAAAUCGUUUCUCUUCAUCAUCGGCCCUCUGCGCAUCACACCUGGAUAUACCCAAGAUGAGCUCGCGAGGAACAGGCGCUCGUUGCGUCGCUGCUCUCGGCCUUGCAGCCACUGCCUUGGCUCUCUCUGCCACGGAAGAUGUGUCGAUUAACCCGGCUCGGCUGAUUGCCGCCAGGGCAGGCAAGGACCCGACCGACUUUUCGUGGGUCAAGAACUGGGCCGCGAUAGGAGACAGCUUCACAGCCGGCAUUGGCUCGGGACACCAGAUGGGGAACGAAAUCAGGACAGACGAUGACUGGAGGUGUUCGAGAUAUGAUUACUCGUGGGCCAAGAUCGUGGACCACUCGCUCGGGUCCAGCGUCAAGAACUUCCAGUUCGAGGCCUGCAGUGGCGACAGGACAGGCGGCAUCUACGACCAGGUAAAUCAUCUGCGCAACGGCCUGGACGUCGUCAUGAUGACGGCAGGGGGAAACGACCUGUGCCUAGGGACCAUGAUCAAGACUUGCGUCAUCAUGCCCUGGGACGGCGAGGACGCGUGCCAGGCCAUUAUCGACAAGGCGCAGGAAAAUAUCCAGCGCAUCCUCAAAGGCAACAUCCGGCAGAUUUUGCAGAAGCUCAACGGUAAGAUCAGGAAGGACGGCGCUCUCGUCUACCAAGGCUACGCGCCCUUCUUUAACACGGACAACGAGGACUGCGCCGACCCUACAAAGCAGGACUGGGCCCUCAAGGGGUGGGGGUUGUGGGAGUUUUGGAAGUCGGGCAAAAACCCCCUAAGGCUCACCAUUGAGCGGCGUAAAAAGCUCAACGCGCUCGUCGACGGCAUCAAUAGGGCCAUUUCAGAGGUGGUCGAGGAGUUCGACAAGGACAAGCAGGUAGGCUACCGCGCCACCUUCUCCGAUUGGAGCAGCUGGCCCGGCAUCGUGGACGGCCAGUUCUGCUCCCCGAAAUCGAGCGGCUGGUACCCAGACCCGAACCAGCCGGAUCUGCUCUUCAUCAAAUUCAAUACGGCCGCCCGCGGAACACCGCCUCACGACGAAACCAAGCGGCGACGUCGAGAUCCCAGCAACGGUAGCAGCAGCAGCAGCAGCAGCAGCGGCGGCGGCGGCGGCGGCGGCGUCGCUAAAGACGUGAUGGACCUUGACAGCUCGGACCAUGAGUCGGACACCGCCGACGACAUAACGCGACAGCUCCAAAAGGACCAAGACCGGCUGCGGGGCCGCCUGACACGCAAGCACAUAUAUGACACCCUCCUCUGGAGGUCGGCCAACCCGCGCGCCGAGGUGCUGCACAAACUGGACCCGCGGACGCCCGCACCGCCGGGCUGCCCGGGCGACAACCUUCCCGGGGUGCCGCUGGGGCUCGGUCUGCCCGACUCGUUCCUGAGCAUCUUCCACCCCAACAGGCACGGCCACGAGGCCAUGGCCGCCUAUGCGCUGCAGAGCCUGGUCUACGUGCGCGCGCAGAUUCUCGGCGUCGACGACGGGCUCUGCGCGCAGGCGCGCGACGAUUUUACGUGCUGGCAGAAGGAGGGCCGCAAGGCCUUUGUCGACUGGACCCGGCUCGACGAAAACUACAAGGACUUUUGCAAUGACAUCAAGCCUCCCGAUAAUACAAUCAACUGGAAGUGGGAGAAGACGUACCACCAGGGCACGCCCGACGAACACACCUUUGUGUUGCAACUUUUCGACGGCGCCUCCAGCUUCGACAAGGGCAAGUGCCUUGAGAGCUUUGACCUCAUCAUCAACAGCUGCGACGGCGGCGACGACAAAAACCCGCUCAACUUCAAAUUCGGCGGCCGCUGGGUGCGAGGAAACUACAACUACCAGAUCAACCCCAAAAAGGACCGCAAUAUGAUUACCAAAAGGGACGGCACGUGCCGGGGCUGGUAUAAACUUCUCUUGACGUCAUACCGCAUCUACGGGCGCGGGUGGGCGUCGUACGAAUACGGCCAACAGACGCUGCUUAAGGCCAUGCGCGACUGCGGCUCCGCCGUCACGGGCUGGAAGUUCGACUAUUGCGACCACGGCUGCGCCAUCGACAACAACGACUACGAAUGGGUCGCCGAGUUCAACCUGCCCAUCUUCGGAGCCCUCGCCUGCAUGGGGAACAACUGGGUCCCGCGGCGGUCGGGCGCCGAGUGGUACACCGAAGGCAGUACAACUCUCGGCUGCGGCGGCGCGGUUUGAUUGGGGAAAGUAGGAUAUGGGACGUGACCGGGGCCAGAGCUCUCUCUGUUGAGCGAGGUGUGGCGGGCAUGAUUUGGACCGGCGAUGCUUCCCUAGCCCCUCUUUUCCCCGGGCGGACAAAAAUACCGCUCGAUCCAAAAUUUCUGCACAAC